AUGGUACAAGUAGGCUGGGGCUGGGCUGAAGAUGUGAUGGAGAUGUGUGGUGGAUGUUGUGGAGGCCAGGCAGAGGAGGAUCGGAGGAAGGAUGCGCAAAAGCCGGGCAACGGGUAUGCUGCUAUGUAUUUGGUCGCAGUACUUCCUGAUGGUGAUGAUGAUGAUGAUGAUGACGAGGCGAUGGCAUGUAAGGGGUCGGAGAGAUACUCGAGCUUGACUAUUGUUGGAAAUGCCAAGGGGUCAAGUUCCUGUUCGGAGGUUUCAGAGCAAAACUGGACGACGGGAUGUCAACCUGGUCGGAGAAUGGGUCCGUUCCUGCAGCAGCAGAAGCAACAGCAACAGCAACAGCAACAGCAACAGCAGCAAGCAGCAGCAGCAGCAGCAGCACGAUGCGCUGGCUGGCUGGCUGUUGAUGCUGCCCCUGGUAGUGUAGACUACAAGUACUGGACACUAGAGGUAGGUUAG